AUGCCACCCAAGAAAGAUGAAAAAGGUAAGGGUCAACAAAAGCCUCGUCGCACUAGAUUCAUUGUAGAGGAGGUUCCUAACUCAGAUAUGUUCGUUCCUAUGCCACGCUCUACUCCACGCUCUACUAUACCGCCUAUGCAUCCUACACCGUCUAUGCAUCCUACACCGCCUAUGCAUCCUACACCGCCUAUGCAUCCUACACCGCCUAUGCAUCCUACACCGCCCAUGUCUGGAUCUUUCACUGGAUUACUAUCCAUGCCCCCUGGAUCAGGUUUUUUUUGUCCUCCUGGAUACUCUUACCCCACAUAUUUUCCUACGGAGACAGGUGGAUCUAGCAUGCCAUUACCCAUGCAUAUGGGGACAGGUGGAUCUGGUAGCAUGCCAUUACCCAUGCAUAUGGAGACAGGUGGAUCUAGCAUGCCAUUACCCAUCCCUUCAGAGGAUGAUACCAGUGCUCCUGGAGAUACCAGUGCUCCUGGAGAUACUAGUGCUGAGGAGCAAACGAAGAGGAAGCGUAUUUUGAAAAAAAAUACGACUCAAAAAAUUAAGUAUCAUGAGGGCAGACUAAUCAUUUAUCCCGAUGCAGGAUCAAUUGUUCCCUCACAUCAGGCAGUAUCGAUCAUAACAAAUAUUAUAAAAGAGAAGUACACACAAUUCUGGCCGUCUUAUGGAGCUGUACAUGAAGAUGAAAAGGAAAAAUGGUUUCAGGCAUUUCAGGAGCAUUGUGUUUGGGAUGUUAGAGAUGAGGCCGCGAUUAAAGAAAACUUUCACACAAAAUGUGCUGCUCGAUUUUCUGAUACCAUGAGGAAUGUUAGACUUAAAUGGGAAGCAAAAGGGACACGUCCACGUUGGAUAGGAGAAGAUAUAUUCCCAAAGCUUAUUGAUCAUUGGAAUUCUGAUAAGUUUAAGGAAAUAUCUGAGCAGGCAAAGAAAAAUAGAGCAUCUGAAGUUGGUGGUUGCAACUACGCAGCGGGAAGUAUUAGUGUGGCUGAAGUUGCGCGAAGGAUGCGUGAAGAAUUAGGCAGAACUCCACUUCUUAAUGAGCUCCACAUGGAGACUCAUCUCAAGAGAAAUGGAGAGUUUAUUGACGAGCGCGCAAAAAUCACUCAAGAGAAUUUUGAUAAAGAACUUGCCAUAAAGUUGUCAGAGCAUCCUGAAAUACCCCAACCACCACCAGGGUAUCCUGUUGACCCCAGUAUUGGUUUUCAGACUUGGUAUAAGGUUUCAGGUGGAAAGAAGAAAAAUGGGAGAGUGUAUUGUAUUGGAGGGUAUUCCAAAAAUAUCAAGCGGCGUAGUAGAGAUUUCAAAAUGAGAUAUGCUGAUGGAGAAGGAUCAUCCACUCCACCUAUAUUAACCGCCGAAAUGCUUGAAACUGUGAGAAACUUGGCAAACACUGAGGCAGCACAACAAGUAGCAGCAAGAAAUUUGGAAAUUGAAGAGAUGAAGAGAAAACAAUUAGAGAUGCAGGAGGAAAUGCAAAGAAGAGAAAGAGAAUUACGGGAAGAAAUGAGGAGAGAAUUUCAGGAAGAAAUGAGGAGGCAGGCACAGGAAUAUCAAGAAGCAAUGCGAAUUGCAAAUGAACGGUCACAAAGGUUUGAUCAAUUUUUUGCUUCACAAAAUAUGAGUGGUGGUGGAUUUGGAGGAACAAGUGGAUAUGGAGGAGCUGAUGAAGAAGAGGAGGAACAAGAUGGUGGGAAUAAUUAA